AUGUUUCCCAGCAGAGUUCUUCUUUCACGAUCGGUCUGGAAAGGCCCCAACAUCGUUCCUUUCCCCAUUGUCGCACCAGUACCAGGUCAACGAAUACUUCCGAUUAGAACACAAGCACGAUCUGCGACUAUUCUGCCUAUUUUUGUCGGCAUGGUUUUUGAAAUUCAUAAUGGGAAGGUUUAUAAUGAAGUGACGAUUACGGAGGAUAUGGUGGGACAUAAGUUGGGGGAAUUCUCGGCGACGAGAACACGAUUUACGUAUAAGCAGAGUAAGAAUAAGUAG